UGGCGGUCCAGUUCCCCGCCUCGCCGCGCGUCGAUCUCCCACUCGAUCUCUAUUUAUACCACGACCAUCCCCGGCCAGAGUUACGUGAGCGUCACCACCGUGCAACCACACGGCACCGCCAGAGAUCGAUCGAGCUUGAUCGUCCCUUGGUUCGCGGCGAGCAAGGAACCCGAGUGCGAAGAUGUCGUGGCAGACGUACGUGGACGACCACCUGAUGUGCGAGAUCGAGGGCCACCACCUCACCUCCGCCGCCAUCAUCGGACACGACGGCACCGUCUGGGCUCAGAGCGCCAACUUCCCGUCGUUCAAGCCCGAGGAGAUGACCAACAUCAUGAAGGACUUCGACGAGCCAGGGUUCCUCGCCCCGACCGGCCUGUUCCUCGGCCCCACCAAGUACAUGGUCAUCCAAGGCGAACCCGGCGCCGUCAUCCGCGGAAAGAAGGGAUCAGGAGGCGUCACCGUGAAGAAGACCGGGCAGGCGCUGGUGAUCGGCAUCUACGACGAGCCGAUGACCCCCGGGCAGUGCAACAUGGUGGUCGAGAGGCUCGGCGACUACCUCGUAGAGCAAGGCCUGUAAACCGAUUACGCCCACGGUUCAAGCACCCGACAGCGAAACAACAACCACCACGUAGUAGUCUCUACGCCUCGAAUAUUUAGUCGCCGCCACGCAUGGGAUCGCGGUUUCGUUCCCUCCGAUACGAUCCUCCUGCAUUUCUUUCUUCCCUGGGCCCGCCCGUCGCCGAUCACCCAGAGAAUUUCUAUUUUUUUUUUCUUGUUUGUUGGUGUCCUCUUGGCUAAUAAUUUUGUGUUUUUUUCUUGGUCUGGGUUGUCGUCUGAGUUGUGAACCCGGAACAAUAUAUAUGUGAUUGGUACCUUUUACUUGUAAUACGAGAAUACGUAUGUGUUUCGUAUUA